CGGACGGAAGCGCAUGUGCAUCGACUACCGAGCUCUUAACAAGCAGACCAUGAAGAAUAAAUAUCCGAUACCGCAAAUCAAUGACCUGCUUGACCAGCUUCGGGGAGCUACGGUAUUUUCCAAACUGGAUCUGCAGUCCGGAUACUGGCAGAUACGGAUGGCGGACAAUUCUAUCCACAAAACUGCUUUCCGAACUCGGUAUGGAUCGUACGAGUAUUUGGUAAUGCCGUUCGGACUUAACAACGCACCGGCAACGUUCCAAGCCGAAAUGAACCACAUUCUACGACCACUUUUGGACGAGUGCGUGGUGGUAUACCUGGACGACAUACUCAUCUACUCGCGCGACAUGAAGCAGCAUGUGAAACACCUGCGACGCGUCUUCGAAAUUCUUCGACGAGAACGAUUCUACGUCAAACUGUCCAAGAGCGAAUUCGCCCUUGAGAAGGUCCAGUUCCUAGGACACAUGGUGAGCGCUCAAGGAGUUCACGUCGACCCCAAGAAAAUCGAAGCCGUACAUACGUGGAAGACACCCGAGAACGUGAAGGAGUUGCAGCAAUUCCUAGGCUUCGCUAAUUACUACAACAGGUUCGUACCACAGUAUGCAAAACUCGCAGCACCACUCACGAAUCUGCUGAAGAAGAACACGCCCUACAAAUGGGAGCCAAAGCACCAGGAAGCCAUGGAGCAGCUAAAGCAAGCACUUACGUUCGCACGAGUACUCAUCUUGCCAGAUCCCGAAUGCGACUACGUCAUCGAAGCUGACGCCAGCGACCAGGGAGUGGGAGCAGUCUUAAUGCAAGACCAGGGAAAUGGACUGCAACCAACCGCCUACCUCAGCAAGAAAUUGCACGGAGCAGAACUAAACUACCCGAUACACGACAAAGAGGCCCUUGCCAUCGUCAUCGCCUUCAAAGCGUGGAGAUGUUAUCUCGAAGGACGAAGAACAACCGUCUACACCGACCACUGCAGCCUGAAAUACUGGAAGACACAACCCAACCUCUCCAGGCGGCAAGUCCGGUGGAUCGACUUCCUCGAGACACACUUCCACUACGACAUCGUGUACAAGCCCGGCCACAAAAACAAAGCAGACGCUCUCAGCCGGCCUGCACACGUUGCAGCUAUUCAGAUCGAAGGGAUGAAUCCACUACUCAAGGGACUCUUCACACACGGGUACACCAUCGACCCCGAAAUUCCCUUGGCAGAGAAACGACAUCUGUUACAGUGGGACACACGCACCGAAGAAACAGCACAACUCUUCGUUCGAUACAUCAUCUCACAGCAUGGCAUUCCAACCACACUUAUCUCCGACCGAGACCCCAAGUUCACCAGCAAGUUCUGGAAGGAACUUCUGUCUCUCCUUGGGACCAAACUCGCCAUGUCAUCUGCUUACCACCCGCAGACAGACAGACAGGCCGAGCGCCUCAACCAGAUUGUCGAGCAACUCCUCCGCGCAGCGUGCAAGGACGAGAUCUCCAAAUGGGACUUGCACCUGCCCGUUCUAGAGUUUGCUUACAACAAUGCUACACAUGCCGCUACUAGACAGACGCCGUUCUUCCUCUGCUACGGACGCCACCCACUCACACCACAAAAACCGACAGCAUCAGCUAGAUGACGUCCUGGAGGACCGUCAGU